AUAAACAAACCACGAGCCAUUUCGUCCCGAUUUGAGAAUAAUUUUAUUUCUUUGGCGUUAGAGCGUUUGAAAAGGAGGCAAAAUAAAACUUUCGGACAGAAUGUAAGGUAAUAUACAAGGAAAUAAAAUAAUUCUUGUAUCUGGCUGUCAAUGUUCUUCACACGAAUAACUAUGGGGUCUACGGUGUGCCGCGUUUGCCUCGCGCAUUCCGACAACAUGGUCAAUAUAUUUGAAGUGACAGAGGGAGUUCCGAUUUCGACCAUGACUUCUGAGUGCACCGGAUUCAAGGUUGAGAAAGGAGACCGAUAUCCGGAAAACAUUUGCACGUCCUGCCUGCAGGACGUUAAAGUUGCAUUUAAGAUGAAGAAAACUUACGAAAGGAGUCGCCAGAUCUACGGACAGUUACAAAAGAGUUCAUUGAACAACGGCGAAGAAUUAAACACUGAAGGAGGGGUUUUUGAGUAUGCUUGCCAAGUUAAGCAGGAACGAGAUGAUCUGCAAUGGCAGGAGGAUCCACUUAGGGACCUGUGCCAAGUGAAGAACGAACCACUUGAAGAAGAGAUGUUCGAGAACGAACCACUUGAAGAAGAGAUGUUCGAGAACGAACCACUUGAAGAAGAGAUGUUCGAGAACGAACUACUUGAAGAAGACAUGUUCCCGGAGGAGCAUAGUCCUUUUUCAGAGGGCCAAGUCGAUCAGUGCGAUAGCCAAGUGAAGAUAGAGGAAACACCAGGUGACGGAACUGACGAAGAACGAAGUUCUGUUAGUAAUGAAACUAAGAGAUAUAGUCCGCACAACUGCCCGCAGUGUCCAAAGAUUUGUAUAUCAAAGUCCGAUCUUAAGCGGCACUUGCGGACCCACAGAAAAGAACCAUACCAAUGCUCCGUUUGCCUGAAGAUUUUUGCAAAUAGAGCGAAUCUUUUAAGGCAUUUCGUCCUCCACACAGGAGAGCGGCCUUUCAAGUGCUCCCGGUGUCCAAAGGCGUUCACCCAGGCCGCAAAUCUUCAGAUACACAUGCGUCUCCACACCGGAGAACGUCCGUUCGAGUGCCUCCUAUGCUCCAAGACCUAUACAUUAAAUUCACAUCUUCAGGUACACCUUAAAAGCCACACGGGUGGGCAUUUCCAGUGUUCUCAGUGCUCGGACACAUUCGAAAAUGGAUCUGAACUUAUGUCACACGAACGAUUGCACGCAAAAGAGCAUCCAUUAAAAUGCACCCACUGUUCGAGGUCUUAUACAAAGGAGGCGCAUCUUCGAAAGCACCUCCUAACCCACACAGAAGAACAACUUUUCAGGUGUAACUUCUGCUCAAAAGCUUUCAGAGACGACGACGUCUUUCAAAAACAUUUACAAACCCACAAAGAAACACGGCCUUUCCAAUGCUCCUUUUGUCCAAAGGCUUUUACAAGUGGCUCCAAUCUAUCCAGACAUUUUGUUAUCCACUCGGGCGAACGGCCUUUCAAGUGCUCCCACUGUCCAAAGGCGUUUAGGCAGGAAGCAUAUCUUAGGAUACACACGCGACUUCACACAGGGGAACGUCCUUUCCAGUGCUCCCUAUGCUCGAAUUGUUUUACCACGAAUUCGCAUCUCCAAAAACACCUGAAAAGGCAUAACGAGUAAUCAUUUCAGAGCUUCGAGAGGUGAAGACUUAUUCCUUGCAAAUGCACGUUCAAAGGUGCCAACACAGGAUUUCCACUUUUGCAGGGAACUUUUGCGUACCACAAACCGCCAAGAUUUGAAAAUCCAGCGUUUUUUGGAACUACCCCGCGAUAACAAACAUCGAUAAGUCCACUUAAACAUCGAUUGCAGCAUCUCCAUGGCGAA